AUCAAUACAUGCAUGAAACCAUAACUGUUAAUGGCUGCCCCGAAUUCCGAGCCAGGGCCACUGCAAAGGCAACAGUUGCUGCUUUUGCAGCAAGCGAAGGCCAUUCACACCCGCGAGUGGUGGAGCUGCCAAAAACUGAUGAAGGCCUGGGCUUUAAUGUCAUGGGAGGAAAGGAACAAAAUUCACCUAUUUAUAUUUCUCGCAUCAUUCCUGGAGGAGUGGCAGAAAGGCAUGGAGGGCUCAAACGGGGGGACCAGCUGCUUUCAGUUAACGGAGUGAGCGUGGAAGGAGAACACCACGAGAAGGCGGUGGAGCUGCUGAAGGCGGCUAAGGACAGCGUCAAGCUGGUGGUACGCUACACUCCCAAGGUGCUGGAGGAGAUGGAGGCUCGCUUCGAAAAACUGAGAACAGCCCGGCGCCGGCAACAGCAGCAACUGCUCAUUCAGCAGCAGCAACAGCAGCAAACUACACAGCAAAACCAUAUGUCGUAGGUUAUUCUCAAGAAAAAGCAAGCCUCGAUCAAGAGUUCAGUAAUCAAGCAACCAGAGCUGUACUUCAGUAUUCCAGCAAAAGGAAACAACUAGAGGAACAGGAAACAGAAUUCAUCUGGAGAAUGUGCGGUAGAAGAAUAAUGUAGUUAAGACAGCCACAGGGAGGGUACCUUCAUGAUAAGGCUUUUCAGCACACAGCAGUCACAGGUACAUAGUACUUUUGUGACUCUGUUCCUAAUGAGAGCAGCAUGAUAGGUAAACCCUAUGGAACAGAGAAGUCCAGGGCUUCCAAAUAAUUCUGUUUGAUCUGAUCUUGCACUUCUUACUCUGACAAAUUGGCCAGCUGGCUUUCUCUAGUCACUGAAAGUUUUGUUUUAAGGAGAUCAAGAUUGGCUGCUUUUGGGGACAGAAUCUUUCUCUACAGUUAUCUCCAGAAAUGAACAACUACAUCAGUUCAAAAUUUUGCCACAGACAUCAAACUCAUACAACACGCUUCAUAGCCACUUUGUACUAUAUAUUG